UUCCUCUCCCCCGUCACCUCCUCCACCUCCUAUUGCUCCUUCCUUCCUAUUCCCAGCUUUCCUGGAGCCCCCAAGGACUAGAUCCAGAUCUCGGUCUGGAUUCACCAUGAACCAACAACAGCAGCAUGGCAUGCCCGGGGUGCCUCACUUUCACCACCAGCUCCAGACACCACCACCACCACCUCAUCUUCACCAUCAUUACCACCACCUUUCUCCUGCCCUGCGUGUGCCAGGCGUGGAAAGAAAUGACAACAACCCCCCAGAGGGAGCAAGGCAACCCCACAGUCCUCCAGCAGGGGCAAGAAGGAGAGUAAACAGUCCGACCACCAGUGAUUACAACCACCAUCACUACCACCACCACCACCACCACAUACGAUCUCCAGCAGGUCAUUUGGGCCCCUCAUUUCAGUGUCAGCCAGUACAUCAAGACCACAUAUGCAAUGAUGACAGCGAAAAGAACGAAGACAGUCCCAGCCCAAAAAGACAGCGAUUAUCUAAUUCGGUUUUUGAUUACACAAACCCAUCUCCUGCACCAUCACCGCCAAUGCGACCAUGGGAGAUGACGUCAAAUAGGCGGCCUCCUUCGGCUCGACCCAAUCAGCACCACUUCUCAGGGGAAAGAUGUAACACUCCUGCUCGGAACAGAAGGAGUCCUCCAGUUAGGCGACAAAGAGGAAGAAGGGACAGGCUGUCGCGCCAUAAUCCUGUUAGCCAAGAUGAGAAUUAUCAUCACAUUUCCUAUGGCCAGCAGCAGACACUAGAGGAGCCCAGGGCCUUUCACCCUCCGAAUGUAUCUCCCCGCAUGCUACAUCCAGCUGCACAUGCACAACAGCAGAAUACCGUAAUGGUUGACAUUCAUGAGCAGAUUCACCAGGGUACAGUACCGGUUUCUUACACUGUUACAACCGUAGCACCACAUGGAAUCCCUCUGUGUACUGGGCAACACAUCCCUGCUUGUAGUGCACAGCAAGUUCCGGGCUGUUCUGUGGUCUUUAGUGGACAGCACUUACCUGUCUGCAGUGUGCCUCCUCCAAUGCUUCAAGCAUGUUCGGUUCAACACUUACCAGUUCCCUAUGCUGCUUUUCCACCCCUUCUUUCCAGUGAUCCAUUCCUAUUGCAUCCACCACACCUUUCCCCACAUCACCAUGCUCAUCUGCCCCCUCCUGGACAGUUUGUACCGUUCCAGGCACAACAGUCUCGAUCGCCUCUACAAAGGAUAGAGAAUGAAGUUGAGCUGUUGAGUGAGCAUCUACCUGUUGGGGGGUUCACAUAUCCUCCACCUGCUCAUGCGCCAACUUUGCAGCCCUCUGCAUCGUUACAGUUCAUAACUCAUGAUCCUUUGCACCAAGAGGUUUCUUUUGGAGUUCCUUAUCCUCCGUUUUUGCCAAGAAGACUAACAGGACGUAGCAGAUACCGAUCACAACAGCCAAUACCACCGCCACCUUACCAUCCGAGCCUUUUACCUUAUGUUCUUUCCAUGCUUCCAGUGCCUCCUACUGUAGGACCAGCCUUUAGCUUUGAGUUGGAUGUGGAAGAUGGGGAAGUGGAAAACUAUGAGGCUUUGUUAAAUCUCGCUGAAAGACUGGGUGAAGCGAAACCACGGGGAUUAACGAAAGCAGAUAUUGAGCAACUUCCGUCAUACAGGUUUAACCCAAACAAUCACCAGUCGGAACAGACAUUGUGUGUAGUGUGCAUGUGUGAUUUCGAGUCAAGACAGCUUCUAAGAGUCUUACCAUGUAAUCAUGAAUUUCAUGCCAAGUGUGUCGACAAGUGGCUAAAGGCAAAUCGUACCUGCCCAAUAUGUCGAGCUGAUGCUUCAGAAGUACAUCGCGAUUCAGAAUGACCAAUGUCGGUGCACAAUUCCAGCUCGGGUGUUCCUAGUCACAAGAAGAAAAAAAAUCCAUUGAACUUAACCCGUGUGGCUUCCAGCCUAUUCUUUACACAAAAGGGUCAAUAGACCUCUUUUUGCACUGUGUGAUUUAAUCAAUUAUAAAGCUUCUAAUUAGUCUUCACAAUUAUGGGAUUGUUAUACUAACCGUGUGAUUGGGACUCCAAAGAUUAUUAUUUUUUAUAUUCCGUAGCUUAUUUUGUGUGUGCACUAACAUUCCCUGGUUUUCGUGUGAUCAUUCCGAGUGUUUUUUUUUUUUGCUGCAAGAUUACCGUGGAUGUGAUCUUUUAGCAUGUGCUUUUAUAUUUAAA